AUGUCCAAUUACUGUCUCCCCGUCGUCCCUCGGAUCAUCCUGGGCAUUAUUGAUCCACUGGCUAUAACCCUGGCGGCUGCUUCCGCAAUUUCCGACCCGGCAGCUUUCUACGUGCAUCAAGUGCCAAAACCAGUUGACCAUCCUCAUGAGAUAGAGGUGUACACGCGCGUGAUUUCACUGAACAUAGCUGCUCUUAUGUUGAGCAUCGCAGCGUCUCAGGUCAUCGGUGUGUGGAUCAAUAAGAGCGCAUCCACGAUUAAAUGGCUCAUGAUUUCCCAUUUUCUCGCCGAUAUUCUCUAUCUUUACUCUGCGUACCUGGCAGUUGGGAAAGACUACUUCUGGAACCCGAGUCAAUGGAACUCUGGCAUGUGGGGGCUGAUUAUCACGGACAAUCUCUUCAAUGCCGCAAGGAUUUUGAGCGUAUUGGGAGUGUUUGGGCCUCUAGGUAGCACGAAGCUCAAGGACUCUUAG